UGUAUUUCCAGACAAUAGCUAUGGUUUCGACGUACUGGGUGAUCCAAAAGUUAUUCCGAAACUAACAUUUGAAGAAUUCAAGGUUUGUUAUAUUCUAAUGAGGAAGAUUAGUUAUUUUGUACAUCAUAUUACUAUGCUAAACUUUGAUAUUUUGAUUCCUUAUGUGCUGUGACCAUACAUACGAUAGAAGUACAUAUGUAUAUGUAUUGUUUCUUAAAUAUUAUUGUAGCAAUACUGCUCUUUUCUUUCUGACUUUUGGGUUAUAAAAUUACGGGAGUUCCACCGUAAGCAUUACCAUCCCAGCAAUGCAAGAAUCUGGUUUUAUGGAGAUGAUGAUCCAACUGACCGCCUGCGAAUUCUGAGUGAGUACCUGGAAAUGUUUGAUGCAAGCUCAGCCGCAAUUGAAAGGGUGAAACCCCCGAAGCUAGUUUCAAAACCAGUUAAGAUUCUGAAAAAAUAUCCUUCUGGUCAAUCGAGUGAUUUAAAGAAGGAUCACAUGUCCCUCAGCUGGUGUCUCUGCGAGAUGGCCUUAGACAUGGAGACUGAGGACGAUUGAGCUGUUGAUUAAUAUUACGUCGGCAACUAUGUUUUCUCCACUGAACAUAAUCUUGCUGUCAAAUGGCUUUAUAGCAAGUUUUACUGGGGUUCAUUUUCAUCUCCUUCGACCUCUAUUUAGUAUUGGGUUGAAGAGUGUCUCUCAUAAUGACAUUUCAAGGGUAGAAGCGUACUGUUUGCACUUAGAAUGUUUAUGAAGAGAGGUUUUGAUGCAGAUGCUGUAGAAGCAUCCAUGAAUAUGAUGGAGAUUUCUCUCAGGGAAAACGUUAUUGGAUCAGUUCCUCGAGGCCUUUGCUUAAUGCUCCGAUCCAUUGAUAAAUGGAUAUAUGAUAUGGAUCCUUUUGAGCCAUUGAAGUAUGAGAAAUCUUUAAUGACAUUGGAAGCCAGAAUACGGGAUGAAGGGUCAAAAUCUGAUUUCUCUCCUCUAAUACAGAAAUUCUUAUUGAACAAUCCUCAUCGAGUCCUGGUAGAAAUGCAGCCUGAUCCACAAAUGGCUUCUUGCGAUGAAGCAGUUGAGAAAAAAAUUUUGAAUAAAUUUAAAGCAUCUAUGACAGAAAAAGAGCUCGCUGAGCUGGCACAUGCGACACAGGAGCUGCGACUGAAACAGCAAACCCCUCACCCACUUGAAGCUUUGAGAAGUGGUCCAAUCCUCUCUCCGCAAGAUUUUCCAAAAGGGCCUAUUCCUGUUCCCACCGAGGUUGCGUGUAUCAAUGGAGGUAAAGUAUUGAAGCAUGACAUCUUCACACAUGAUGUCCUUUACACGGACAUUGUUUUCCAUAUGAGUUCACUAAAGCAAGAGCUUGUUCCUUUAGUACCUCUUUUUUGUAAAUCAUUGCUGGACAUGAAUACAAAAGACAUGUCUUUUAUUGAACUUCAUCAAUGGAUUGGAAGAAAGACUGGAGGAAUAUCAAUUGAUGCGAUGGUCUCGGAUGUAAGAUGCAAGGAAGAUCUCUGCGGUCAUAUACUUAUCCGAGGGAAGGCCAUGGCAGGACGAGCUAAACACCUGUUUCAACUGGUUAAUUGUGUUCUCCAAGAAGUCCAGUUCACAGAUCAGCAGCGGUUUAAGCAGCUUGUUUUCGAAUUUAAAGCUAGAAUGCAGAACCUAUUGGGAGGUAGUGGUCAUAAAAUUACAGCUUCAAGGAUGGAGGCAAAGCUGAAUGUUUCCGGAUGGGUGGCUGAACAAAUGUUUGGUAUCAGUUUCUGGGAGUUUCUACAAGUGCUUGAAAGGAAAGUUGAUCAAAAUUGGGAUGAAGUUUCUUCAUCACUCGAGGAGAUUCGCAAGUCCUUAAUUUGUAAGGAAAAUUGCAUAAUUAAUCUGACUGCUGAAGGGAAGAAUCUUACCAAAUCUCUGAAGUUUGUUAGCAAAUUUGUCGAUAUGCUGCCUUGCAACUCUCCCUUCCCAAAAACUACUCGGACGGCUAGACUACCUUCUCCAAAUGAAGCCAUCAUAAUACCUACUCCGGUUAUAAUAAAAUUCUUUUUUCUGCAAGGUUCCUUUAUUUAUAAUGUGGGUGGGUUAUUCUUAACAUUUACCUUCUACAGGUUAAUCAUGUUGGAAAAUCUCUGAACAUUCAUGAUACCGGUUAUCGGCUUAAUGGAAGUACAAGUGUUAUAAUUGCUGUUUCAGAAACGCAGCGACAAUUUUUUCUUUUUUUUUUUUUUUUUUUUUUUUUUUUUUUU